AUGGUGUAUGUGGAGAUUGGCGGGCAGAUGACGAUCAACGGGCAACCAUUCCUACCUUUCAAGGGCACCCGCUGUGCAAACAAUCUGGACACUUCGGGUGUGGUGAAGCCGCAGGUGCAGGUGUCGUGGCAGCCUGGCACCGAUGCAAGCAAGGCUGCUUGCCGCGCAUUCGACUUCUUCCAGGAUUCAAACUGCAACGGACAGCUGCUGGGCAGUUUCCCGGACGGCAAGUCGCGCACCAUGACUCUCCCCGGUACAGUGAAGUCCGCCCGCUGCAUCAUUGACGACCUGUGCCCGUAUGUGAGCUGCCCGCCCUGGUCCAAGUGCAUCAGAACCACCGACGACAGCGCGUAUGCAAGCGCGAUUCCGGUGGUGGACUUGUCGGCGGGAGAGGCGGCGUGCGCCGCCGCCGUGGAUAAGGCAUGCCGUGAGGUCGGCUUCUUCCUGCUGGCCAAUCACGGCGUGCCACGUCAGCUCAUGGCCGACGCCUUCCACCAGACGAGGCUGCUCUUCGGCCUGCCCGCUGAAGCCAAGGCGGCUGUGCGCCAGGACAGCAACAACCGCGGGUACACGGCGUUUGAGGAGGAGGUAUUGGACCCGGCAGGCAGUGCAGGGGCAACGAGGGGACACCAAGGAGGGCUACUACGUGGGGCCCCUGCCCCUCCUUUCAACAACCGCGGGUACACGGCGUUCGAGGAGGAGGUAUUGGACCCGGCGGUGCAGAGGCAGCGCGGGGACACCAAGGAGGGCUACUACGUGGGCGUGGACAUUCCCCCGCACGACCCCCGUGCUGCCAAGCCCCUGCACGGCCCCAACGUCUGGCCGCCCGCCGACCUCCUCGCCUUCCGUCCCACCAUAACUGCCUACUUCGCCGCCUGCCUCUAUCUCACUGCUCAAACAUAUCCUCCCCUUCCUCCUCUCCUCCACCCGCUCUCCAUCAUCUGUUACCUCCUCCCCGCCUUCCGUCCCACCAUAACUGCCUACUUCUCCGCCUGCCUCUCUCUCGCCCGCCGCCUCCUCCCCAUCCUCGCGCUCGCGCUCGGGCAGCCGCGGGACUUUUUCAAUCUGCCCGGAAGAUUCGACGACCCAAUAGUGCUGCUGCGGCUGCUGCACUACUCGGGCGAGGCGUCUCGGCCCCAGGAGGGCGUGCUGGGCGCGGGCGCUCACACAGACUAUGGCAUGCUCACCCUGCUUCUCGUGUCGCACCCUGGCCUGGAGCCACGUCUGCCUGUGUUUCUGUUUUCAACCUCUGUCUUCUCCCCGUUCCUCCCUGCCACCCACCCGCUCCUCACCUGCUCCCCACUCCCCUGGCUGUCCCCGUCACUCCAGAUCUGUGUGGAUCGCAGCAGCACGCCCCAGCGGUGGGUGCGGGUGCCAGUGGUACCAGGCACGUACAUUGUGAACAUAGGCGACAUGCUGGAGCGGUGGAGCAACGCCUCCUGGCGCUCCACCCUGCACCGCGUGCUCGUGCUGCCCGAAGGGGAGGAAGGGGAGGGGAAGGAUGGUGGCAGCGGUGCUUGUGGGGUUGAGGGCCAUGCCGCUGGUAGUGCGGCCGCAAGCAUUGGUACUGCUGGUGACACUGGCGACACUGGUGGCAGUGGCGUGGGGCAGGGAGGCAGUGAGGUGUUGGCAGCGGGGAGGGUGUCGCUGCCGUUCUUCUUCGAGCCCAACUUUGACUGCCUUGUGGACUGCGUGCCCUCUCGAGUCAACAACGCCAACCCUGCACGGUUUCCCCCCACCACGAGCGGGCACUACCUGCUAUCACGCUACCAGGCCACCCACAAGGACCUUCAUGCCUCGCUCAAAUAA